GCCUCCCGCGCACACACGGCCAUGGCGGAGGCCUCCUCGCUGGAGAGGCAGAGCCCUCAAGUGGUCUCCUGCCUUACUCACAGUUUGUGCCCCAGGGAGCCCGGAUUACCGACAACAGCAGAAGUGGGUGUACAGCGUCACCCUUGUGUUUCCUGAGCUGAAGGCCUUGCCCAAGCCUUGCAGGCACCAGAAACCAGGUGUGUCAAUGGGCUCUGCAGACCAGCAGUUCAACCUCGCCGAGAUCCUGUCGCAGAACUACGGCAUCCGGGAGGAGUGCGAAGGGACCACAAGACGCCCAGCACAGCCUGAGGAGGAGCUGGACAAGGACUUCAUUUCCCAGAGCAGUGACAUGCCCCUUGAUGAGCUGCUUGCCCUCUAUGGCUAUGAGACAACAGACCCCAUCUCGGAGCGGGAGAGUGAGGGCAGCGAUGCCACAGCCACCCUCCCAGACAUGACCCUGGACAAGGAACAAAUAGCGAAGGAUUUGCUUUCAGGGGAAGAAGAGGAAGAGACACAGUCCUCGGCCGAUGAUCUCACCCCAUCUGUUACCUCCCACGAGGCUUCUGACCUUUUCCCUAGCCAGAGUGGACCCCGCUUCCUGACUGGCACAGAGAAAGAGCUGGGCUCUUCCACCUCAUCAGACACUGAGGAGGACCCUCUUCCUGCCAACAAAUGUAAGAAGGAGAUCAUGGUUGGGCCUCAGUUCCAAGCCGACCUCAGCAACCUGCACUUGAAUCGCCAUGGUGAGAAGAUUUAUGAGAAUGAUGACCAGCUGUUGUGGGACCCCAACAUCCUCCCUGAGAGGGAGGUGGAGGAGUUCCUGUACCGGGCAGUCAAGCGGAGAUGGCACGAGACGACCGGGUCUCAGCUCCCAGAGGGAGAAAUGGUGAAAGAUAGUGAGCAGGCGCUGUAUGAGCUGGUGAAAUGCAGUUUCAAUGUGGAGGAGGCUCUGCGGAGACUGCGGUUUAACGUGAAGGUGAUCCGAGAUGGGCUCUGUGCUUGGAGUGAGGAGGAGUGUAGGAACUUUGAGCAUGGCUUCCGAGUGCACGGGAAAAACUUCCACCUAAUCCAGGCCAACAAGGUGCGUACAAGGUCUGUGGGCGAGUGUGUGGAAUACUACUACCUGUGGAAGAAGUCUGAGCGCUAUGACUACUUCUCCCAGCAGACGCGGCUGGGCCGGAGGAAGUACGGCCCAUCAGGAACUACGGAUACAGACCAGGACCUAGAUGGCAGUGACCCCGAUGGCCUCGCCCGUCCCCGCUCCUCACCGCCCCCGCCCCCUGCCGCUGAUGGCCUAAGCCCUGAGCAGGACCCUCUGGCACGGAUGCACAUAGAGCCGCUGAGCAUGGACGGUGUGACUGGCAGUGUUGGUGAACCCGAGGGAGGCUCCAACAGCCUCCCAUCCUUGGAGCAAGAGCCCUGUCUGUUCCAGCAACUGGACACCCCGCCAACUGUGCCCGUGCCCCAGCAGCCCCCAGCCCUGGCCGAGCCGGCCUUCUGCCCCUCCGCUGCAGCUGCUCCAGAGCCCAGCACCAGCUCGAGACUGGCUGUGGACUUGGCCCUGCCAGGGGCCCUUCCUGAGGAGCUGCCCCAGGUCUCCAGCCACGUGGAUAUGGAUGGAGAGCCCGAGGAAGCUGUGGCCCCUGCACAGGUGGCCUUGUCGGUCACUGAGUUUGGACUCAUUGGCAUUGGGGAUGUGAAUCCUUUCCUGGCUGCCCACCCAGCGUGCCCGGGCCCUGGGCUGCACUCGGAGCCCCUGUCACACUGUAACGUGAUGACCUGUUGAUUCCUGGCCACAGGCGGGUGUGUGUGGCCUAGACUGGACUUGGGGCCACUGUGGGUCCUGCCUCUGUCAGUCUUCCCGACCCUUUUCCUCGUGGGCCUCGGGUAACACCAUCUCUGCUUCAGAACACUUCAAGGACUAGGGUGAGCAGUGGCAGGGCUAUCAGCCCUGCCCCUCGCCACACAGCCCGGCACCCUCAGCACCUGGCACCACUGCCUGGCUGCAGGCUGCCUCCGUGGGACCUGUUGGGCAGCUGGGUGCAAAGGGCCCGGCCCCCUCUGGCCAGCAGAGGCAAAGAAAGGCAUCCCUGCCCGUCAGGGAGAUGGGGAGACAGGGCAGGACGCCGCCCCCCACCAGCAGCCUCUGCCCAGGGAGCCCCCCAGCACCUGCUUGGCUCUGUCUCACUGCACCUGGCAGGGCCAUGGGCUGCCCCAGCCCAGGGGUCGGUGAGCAGCUGCUACUCGGUGCCAAACCCCACGGGGCACAGAGCCAUAUACCUCGACGUUGGCCCCGCCCCACCUUUGACCUCACCCACUCUGUCCACUUCAGGAAAAGCCGCACUUUACGCCCACCUGCCUCCUCUCUAUCUGCCCCAGGGCUUCUCAGCAGCCUCCUGGGUUCCAAGAGACAGGUGACUGACACCCCCUGUUGCCUGCAAUGCCGAGGGGCCAGGCUCCAGCCUGUUUUUCUGACCCUGCGGGUCGUAUUUCUGUUGAAGCUCCCCAGCAAGAUGGUUUGGGGUCCUGGUCCGUUUCUUCCCCCACCUCCCUCUUUUUAUUUAUGUUUCUGUUUACAAAUUAGAGUGGGGUCCUCCAGGGGGGCAGGGCAGCACCCCCAGCCAUUGGGUGUCAUCAGGAGAGUUUUGGCUCGAGCCCAUCUGCAGAGUUGGACUCAUCCUUCCCUGUCACCCCACCAAGGACCACACUGUGAAGUGAAAACUGCCUUGAAUCUCUUGCUGUUUUAUUUAUUAAACUUUAUUUGAAGCCCUGUGGGUGCCUCGUGGUGGACUGGGCAGGGUGUGUGGAGGUGUCGGGGAACCACAGGUCAUCCUCGCCACGUAGUCACUUGGUGGGCUAUGUACCAGGCAUCGUUGAAGGAUGGGGUCAUGGUCCAUGUCAGGACGACCGAUGUGAGGGAGGUGGUCAGUUAAACGGAGGGGACAUUUAAUCUGGAAGCUGAAGGAGAAUCAUCCUAUUUUGGUGAGGGCUGGUGUGAGCCAGGCUGAGGUCACCACCAGCGCAGAGGUAGGCAGGGGCCGGAGUCCCAGGAAGGAGGUGCAGGCCGGGAAGGAGGGAGAGCAGCUGAGGGUCUGGGUGGGCCAGCCAGCAGGUUUUGUCCUGAAUCCCCUGGAGGGGUAAGCAGGGGCUGGGUGGAUGUGGUUUUCAGAGCUUCCCCAGAGGAAGUGCAAACAGGCUGGGCAAGGGCAGGGGACAUGCAGGAGGGCCAGCCUGGACCCAGGGUAUGAAGACCAAGGGCAGAUGGUUCAGGGGCUGGUUGUGCCCAGGUGUGUGGGAAAGUCUGGUGUCUCCUGGAAUUCCGGGCUUAGUCCUUCAGAGCUGGUUGUGCCAGCGCUGGGAGCAGGUGCACUUGGGGGUGGGAUGCCACGGCCUUGAGAGUGGUUUUCACUGGCGUUUUAGUCUGUUCUCGUUUUCUUGAAGUAUUUGAGAGGUAUUGCUCGACUAUAUUCUGGUUUGCUCUGCUUUCGAGAAAAUUGCCCUUGUCCUUCCUUACCUUUGUGUGUGUAUUUACUUGGACAGCUAAGAUUUGUAUCUUUCUCUCUGUUUUAUUUAUUUAUUUUUCAGUUACAGCUCACAUUUAAUAUUAUUUUGUGUUAGUUUUAGGUGUACAAUGUAGGUGGUUUUCUCCCUGGUAUCGAACAGUCUGAGGGAUGGCCUUUCAGACCGGUUUCUUUCACUUGGUGAUGUGCACCUGAGGUUCCCCCGUGCCUUCUCGUGGCUGCAUAGCUCUUUCUUCUUAUUGCUGAGGAGCAUUUCAUUGUCAGAUGGGCCACAGUUUUUCAUCCACUCACCUCCUGAAGGAAGUCUCGCUUGCUUUCAGGCUUGGGCACUUCAUGGGUGAAGCUUCUGUGAACACUUGUGCAGAUAUUUGUUAGGACACAAGCUUUCAACUCAUUUGGGUAAAUACUGGGGAGCUGAAUCUUACGGUAAGAGUGUGUUUAGUGUAGUCAGAAACCACCAAACCGUCUUCCAAAGGGGCUGCACCAUUUGCACUUGCAUCCGUGAUCAAGGAGAGUUCCUGCAGCAGCUCCAGGGUCUGGCGGCACGUGUGCUGGCCUCGGUUUGGAUUUCAGCUGUUCGGAUAGGAGUGUGGUGGUAGCUCAUCGUUUUCUGUAGCUUUUAGAGAUGGGCUCUCAUUGCGUCCCACAAAUGCUCUUCACUCCCUCUCACUGGCCAGGAAGAUCCUUGAGGAUUCCUCCUUCAUUUCUGAAACUUAUUUUUCUUUUUUGGCAGGAUCAGCAUUUUAAAGAUGUUCCCUUGACUCUCGGUUUCUAAUGAGAAAUAGGUCAUUCUUGUGUUUUCCUACAUGAGACCCACCUUUUUUCUUUGUGAUUUCCUUUUUGUCUGGACGCCAGCAUUUGAGUGUGAUGUGCCAGGGGUAGGUCUCCACACGGAACUGGUUGGACCUAAGGACUGCCUUGCGUUGGUGUUGGGCAUCUUGGCUGUUUCUUCCACUAUGUCUGCUGCUAUGUUCUCUCUUCUCCAUUUGGGCCUCUGGUCACACAGGAGAGCACUGGGUAUUGUCCCACAGAUUUCUGUCUGUUUUUUUCUUUCUGGGUUUCUAUUUGGAUAGUUGCUAUGGACUGGUCUUUGAGGUCCCUGGUCCUCUUUUCUGCAGUUUCAUACUGCCAUGCAGCCUAUCCCAAAUCCCCACUGUUGGUUUUCUAUUUCUCUGCUGAAAUUCUCCACGUUUUUCAUCUUUUCCUCUACAUUCUUUAACCUCUUAUAAUGCCCUGUGGUAACACUACUCCUGGGCUGCUACAAGGAGCACAUUGAGGCAGUGGGUGCCUGGCAGAUUAGUGCCCCUUGAGUGUCUGGAGGUCAGGGCCAGGCUGUGCUUUGCCUCACUGCCCAGCAGAGGCAGCUCCUGCCGCACUACCCUGUAGGUAGACUGGCGUCUGCAGCCUCUCCUGAUCUUGGGACCCAGUGGUGGGGGCUCAGAGUAAAAUACCCCCAAAUACCACCCCCCAACCCUGAGCAGUAGUCAGGGAAGGUAGGGUGGGAUGGGGGUGGCUCAGGGGCUGGACUCUCCAUGAAGAAAUAAGCUCUUGUAGAAGGAAUAAGCUGCUCACGGCCUCAUCCUGUGAAAGACCAGCCCGCACUGAGCCCCUGGAGUAGCAGUCACUCUGGUGAUCUCCCGCCCCACGACUAAGUCAUUCAUUAUUCACUAGGUCAGUGGUCGGCAAACUCGUUAGUCAGCAGAGCCAAAUAUCAACAGUCAAUGAUUGAAAUUUCUUUUGAGAGCCAAAUUUUUUUAACUUAAACUAUAUAGGUAGGUACAUUGUUAUUAACUUAAUUAGGGUACUCCUAAGGCUUAGGAAGAGCCACACUCAAGGGGUCAAAGAGCCGCAUGUGGCUUGCGAGCUGCAGUUUGCCGACCAGGGCACUAGGUCACUUUCAUUCAGGAAGCUUUGAUUGAUCAUCUACUCUUUGGGGGACCCUGCCCUCCUGGAGCUGACUCCGGGAAGGAUUCUGACUCUGAUAAGUGGAUAAACAGACACACAAGCUGAGAUGAUGCCAGAGCUUAGAGGAAGGAGGUGGCAGGCUAGGGUAUAGGGCAGGGAGGGCACUGCAGUAGGGGUCAACUGCAGGAAGUAACUUCAUGCAGGACUGAGGGUUCCCAGGAUGCUGACUCGAUGCUGAAGCUGGGAAGGUUUCCUAGACUCAGGUUGUGUGGCGCUCAGGGACAGUAAAGUCCUGGGAGCAGGUCUGGGAUUCUGACUUACAGGUGACCCCAAGUACCUAUUCAGUUAACCUUCCAAUAGUGCUUUUUAAUGAGACUGAGGACCAUCCACCCACUUUGCCUUUCCUGUCCAAACAUACCAUCACAGCCCCCCAGAGGUACAGCCUAGACUGCAGGACCUGUAGCAGGGCUUAGAGCCCCCAGUCUGGGAGCCAACUCCCAGUAUGCUCUUUGAUCCCCAAGAGAAGUAUAGAAAGAGGUGAGUGUGGUGGCUGCACUCGGGUGGCACCUAUGGUGUGCCCAGCACCUUUCUACCCACUUGCCAGGCUUCUUUCCCUUAAUCUCCACAAUACUUUUGAAAACAAACUUGGAGUCCCUCAGGUUGCAUUGAGGCAACAGGGAGAUGAGAACAUAACCUUCUGAGCCCUGAGUGUCACAGCUUGGGAGUGACCAGGCAACACGGAGUUGGUGGGAUCUAUAGGGCAGGUGGGCAUGGUUCCACCAGGUAUAUCAGUCUCCUUCCAACUUUGCCAUCUGCAGGUAAGGGAGAAGCCGUCCAGUCCUGGCUGCCAGCCCAGGCUCUGCACCCUGAGCAGCCCUCGCUGGCUCCAUUUCUUUGUAAAGGGCCAGAAGUGAAAGCUUUUUAAAGUGGGGACCCCAGCUAGCAGGUGUAGAACCCUGACCCCAGUCUUAACACUAAUCCUAAUUCCUACUGCCCUGCUAGAUUUUAAUCCUGACCUUGUCCAGGUAUUUUAAGAACAGGAUGAGAUUGAGGUCAGUGGGGAGGGGCUGAUAACCAACCAGCUCCUCCAGCCUCAUGUCCCUGCUCCAGCCACUCCUGCCUCACCAGGGAUCAGGCCAAGCCCCUUCCUACCCACAGUGUGUGCCUGCCGGAGCCUCCCUGGAGACCCUCCUGGAUCUGACCUUGUAGCACCCACCCAGGCUGUCUCCACCACCAUACCCCACUUUGGCGAGUGUCUCACAGCUCCCCCCAUCCCCCUCCCAGCACACAGUAGGUGCUCAGUAAAGAACCCCUCCAUUUCCUUGAUUCCAAUACAAUGCUGGAAGUGUUGAUGGGCUAUCAACACCGAGAGCGGUAGUCACUCGAUUGAAGCGAGGUUAAAGUGAAAAAAAGUGCAAUA